AUGUCGACUCUGGUCAGGAAGUCCCCAGCCUGUGUGAGGUCAUUAGUCAGGGCAGUAAGAUGUCUGGCGACCAGUUCUGGUUCUCCUCAAAAUGAUCAAGAGCAUCUGUCCAGGGGAAUAUCAUUUGAGCUGUCUCCAGAACAGUUGGAGUUCCAGCAAACAGCGCGCAAGUUUGCAAGAGAAGAAAUCAUUCCCAAGGCUCCGGAAUAUGACCUUUCAGGAGAGUAUCCCUGGGAUCUGGUGAAGACAGCUUGGUCCCUGGGAUUGAUGAACACUCACAUACCCCAGCAUUGUGGUGGCCUCAACCUUGGCCUGCAGGAAUGCUGUAUUGUAACAGAAGAAAUUGCUUAUGGUUGUACAGGUGUGCAGACAGCCAUUGAAGCUAACUCCCUCGGGGAAAUGCCAGUAAUCAUAGCUGGCACCAAAGAGCAGCAGAAGAAGUAUCUUGGAAGGAUGAUUGAAGAGCCACUCAUGUGUGCAUACUGUGUCACAGAACCAAGCGCAGGCUCCGAUGUUGCAGCCAUCCGAACCAAGGCAGAAAAGAAAGGAGAUGAAUACGUCCUUAACGGUCAGAAGAUGUGGAUCACCAAUGGAGGGGUGGCCAACUGGUAUUUCGUUUUGGCUAGAACCAGCAGUGACCCUCAGACACCUGCGGGCAAAGCCUUCACUGGGUUUAUUGUAGAUGCACAUUCCCCUGGCAUUAUCCUGGGAAGAAAGGAGAGGAACAUGGGUCAGAGGUGUUCGGACACGAGAGGAAUCACCUUUGAAGAUGUUGUUGUCCCUAAGGAAAUUGCCAUGGGAGCAUUUGACAGACCAGGCCUCCCGUUAA